GUGUGGGCGGUCAGAGGCCUGUCUUCAGCUCCUGCUGUUGCCAGAGUUUUGCUGUUUGGGCUGAAGCUUCUCACAGCAGCUAUCUGCUUCAAGAGAAGCUGAGGAAGGAAGCAAAAAAGAAGAGGCUGUUGGUGCAGGAAUGGAUCAGCUGUGUGUCCGUUCAUAAAGUUACUUUGGAAAGAGACAGAAAACGGAGUGAAAUUAGGAGAAGAAUGGGGAAAUUCUUGGUGUACAAGAGACAGGAGAAGUGGAGGCAGUGCAGAUAUCUUAGAGAAGAAGGGAGUGGGAUGUGUGAGUAAUGGCUUCAUGUUGAACAUGAGCCUUGUUAUGAUCAGUGAGAAUGUAAAGCUGGCCCGUGAAUAUGCCUUGCUUGGAAAUUAUGACUCUGCAAUGGUCUACUACCAGGGAGUUCUUGACCAAAUGAAUAAGUACCUCUACUCUGUCAGAGAUACGUAUCUGCAACAGAAAUGGCAACAGGUUUGGCAGGAGAUAAGUGUAGAAGCUAAACAUGUGAAAGAUAUAAUGAAAACACUAGAGAGUUUUAAACUAGACAGUACUCCAUUGAAAGCUUCACAACAAGAAUUACCAGCUCAUGAUGCAGAAGUCUGGUCUUUGCCAGUACCUGCUGAACGUAGACCUUCGCCAGGACCCAGAAAACGUCAGUCUGCUCAGUGCAGUGAUUGCAGAGGUCACAAUAAUCGUAUAAGUGCAUCUGUCAGAGGCCCUCACCGACCAUCCUCUCGAAAUCCCAGUGAUAAAGGGAAGGCAGUCCGCAGCCGGGAAAAAAAGGAUCAGCAAAAUAAAGGAAAGGAGGAAAAGAACAAAUCCACAUCUGAGAUUUCAGAAUCUGAACCAAAGAAAUUUGAUAGUACUGGAUAUGAUAAAGAUUUAGUAGAAGCUUUGGAAAGAGAUAUCAUUUCUCAGAAUCCAAACAUUCGAUGGGAUGACAUUGCUGAUUUAGUAGAAGCCAAAAAGCUGCUUAAGGAAGCUGUAGUUUUACCAAUGUGGAUGCCGGAGUUUUUUAAGGGAAUUAGAAGGCCAUGGAAGGGUGUACUGAUGGUUGGUCCUCCUGGUACUGGAAAGACCCUCCUGGCAAAAGCUGUAGCCACUGAAUGCAAGACUACUUUUUUCAAUGUUUCUUCUUCCACACUUACCUCAAAAUACAGAGGAGAAUCUGAGAAACUUGUUCGUCUGCUGUUUGAAAUGGCUCGAUUUUAUGCCCCGACAACUAUAUUUAUUGAUGAGAUAGACUCUAUCUGUAGUCGCAGAGGAACUUCUGAGGAGCACGAAGCUAGCCGACGUGUAAAGGCAGAACUGCUUGUUCAAAUGGAUGGUGUUGGAGGGGCUACUGAAAAUGAUGAUCCUUCCAAGAUGGUCAUGGUACUUGCUGCUACUAAUUUUCCUUGGGAUAUUGAUGAAGCCCUAAGACGAAGACUAGAAAAGAGAAUUUAUAUUCCAUUACCGUCAGCAAAAGGUAGAGAGGAACUCCUAAGAAUAAAUCUGCGAGAGCUGGAACUGGCUGAUGAUGUUGACCUUGCAAAUAUUGCUGAGAAAAUGGAAGGUUAUUCAGGUGCAGACAUUACCAACGUAUGCAGAGAUGCGUCGUUGAUGGCUAUGAGAAGGCGCAUUGAAGGCUUGACACCAGAAGAAAUAAGGAAUCUUUCCCGAGAUGAAAUGCACAUGCCAACAACUAUGGAAGACUUUGAAAUAGCUUUGAAGAAAGUUUCUAAAUCUGUAUCUGCUGCGGACAUUGAGAAAUAUGAAAAAUGGAUAGAUGAAUUUGGAUCAUGCUGAGUUGUCUUAUCUUGAAGAAGCCACCUUACAUCUUAAAACAGCUUUAGAAGUAAGAAGUAGUGUGUCAGUGCACUGCGUGCUCUUUUUAACUUUUGUAAUUUAAGAGCAACAGAUGUCUAAAUAAACUUUUUUUUAAAAUGCAAA